AUGGACGCAUAUCAGUAUCCACCGCUUUGCAAAGACGAUUCUCAGAUACGCCUUCUCACUCUGCUUCCUGCUGGGAAAUUCACCGAUGACCUACAGAUUAUUCUGAGCAAUGCACAGCUAUCGCGGCCUCAAUCAGCAAAUACGUUGCACGAGUCCGCAGCAUCCCAAGAAAAUCCACCAAGCAUUGCCGAUCAUAGCUUUACGGCUUUGUCGUAUGUCUGGGGCUCUCCGGGAAAUCCAAGCCAUGUUGUGGUGCGCGGACGAUCCAAAGACAGGAUUAUACAAGUGACGCGAAACGUCGACACUGCUUUGAGACAUUUGCGCACCCACGACAAAGAGCGCGUGCUCUGGGUUGAUGCAAUAUGCAUCAAUCAAGGCGAUUUGGCCGAGAGAAGCAGUCAAGUCUGCUUGAUGGCUCGUAUCUACAAUAGGGCUCUUGAUGUCGUCAUCUGGCUGGGUCCAGAACAGGAUGAUGGCGAGUAUGCACUUUCUCUGUUGGGUACGUGGGGCUCGAACGUAGAGGUGGACUGGAAGGUCAUGACCAUGGCCCCAUCGCAGGAUGCAGGUUCAGAAACGCAUUGGGCAGACUCGAAUCAUCAGAAGACUCUAGACGAGCGCCAGUCCCUGGCCUUGUUCCGCUUGAUCCAUCGAGAAUGGUUUGAACGUCUUUGGGUGAGACAAGAGGCUCUCACUGGCACUCCCACGAUUAUAAGAUGCGGCAAUGCAGAAUAUUCCUCACAAACUUUGAGGAAUGCGAUAUUCAUGCUAUAUACGUCUGGCGUCUUGGUCCAUCUUCCGACGGAGGAACGGACCAAAUUUGCAGAUCGUUGGAGCUUGGUCUACAGCUUGGUCACCUCUUUCGCUUCCAAACGGACCUUGGAAAAGUUACGUUUCGAUUUACGCGGGUUGAAAUGGGGCGAUCCGGUUGAUGCCAUCUAUGCUACGUUGAGUUUGCUUACACCAUUUAAACAAGCUAUCGGCAUCGUACCGGACUACACUCUCGCCAGCCAUGGAAUUCAAAAGGCUGUUGUGCGAAAUACACAUGCUUUAGACGCCACUGACGGAGAAGGAACGCCUCGGAUUGCAAAGGCGGUUGAAAUCAUGUACAAUCUCUUGCCCGAGGACCUCACAGAGACAUACAUUGGGGGCGGCGAUAUAUGUGAAGCUUACACUCGGACGUUUACUGCCGACCUGUUUGCAGACAGGUUCAUAGAAAACCGGAGAUUGCCGUCACUCGACCAAGCCAAGACUUUUAUUCGCCAAUUGAAAAGUAUCAACGACAUUGCAGCAGAGAUUGCCAGUUUCCUCGAAACCCAUCAUGUAAACGAAUUGAGAUCAUAUGUUGCCACGGCGAUGCACAUGUUUUCUGGUAGAAGUUUCUUCACGACAGAUCAAGGAUACAUUGGGCUAGCGCCGUGUGACGCAAAGCCUGGCGAUUCUGUGAAUGUCAUUAUUGGCUGUAAAACACCCAUGAUGCUUCGCGCUGUUGAAGGUAGCGACUCUCCACAAUGGCAGAUAGUUGGUGCUUGCUAUUGUCCAGGUCUCAUGUUUGGCGAGGCAAUUUAUGGCGACUUGUCCAGAAACUUGUCGCCCAUUCAGCAUGCUGUGGCCAUCAACACAUAUCAACACUCCUUGAAAGACAAAUUUAGCGGCACAGUAUUGAAGAAUUCCAAACACGUCUUGGAACACUGUAAGAUACCAGUCGCGGUAGUAGGAGAUAAUCCAGGACGGCUCGAAGUCACGAUCGAGGCGUUACAAGAAAAGGGUAUUCAGCUGGAAACAUUAAUGAUUGUCUGA